AUGAUGGAAACAAAAGUUGUUGAAUCCGAAAUGUUUUUAAUUUUUUUUGAUAUAUUGACGAAGGAUGUAAAUUUUUUGAUGGACAGGUCAUUGACAGCCCCUGCUCAAGUUUUUGAACAGCCCAUACAUGACUCAGAUAUGACUGCUUGUGCCCUUUGUUCUAGUUAUGAAUAUGCAGAAAUAGAGUGUCCUAGAUAUGAAGGGUUGAUGACAAUGAAUGAUAGAGUUAGGCCCCCUCAACUUAUUGCUGGAAACUUAUGGCCAGAAAGGACACCUCAACCUCCUGCAUACACAACAUACUAUAACAAUUACAACAACCAAAAUUAUAAACGAGGAAAUAGUAACACCUAUCAACCAUCAUUCUUCCCUCAAACAGCUCGAAAUUUCCAGCAAUAAACUCCCUUCCAGCCAAUCUCACGCCCACAUAAUUUUCAGUCCGCUCAAGCAACCCAUCCUGCUCAAAAUGAAGCCACCUUGGCUACUAAUGAAUUGUUGCAGCAGAUGUUGCAGGAGCAAAGAGAGCAAAUGCAAGAGCUGAGGACAGAAAUGGAAACAAUGAAGAUGAUGAUGGGAGGGCAGUCACAACAAAGCUACACUACAACCGAUAAACAAAAAGGUAAAAUGGGUGAAGUAGGGUCAAGUGAUCGUGAAGCAGGUCAAUUUCCUACUCAACCUGUAGUAAAUCCGCGAAAUUUACAUUUUUCUGUAAAUAAACAUAAUGUUCAUGAAGUAAACAGUAAAGGACUUGAGUUAUAA